CCAGCUUCAAUGUUCGACGUCACCAGCCAAUGAGAUCCACACUAUUUCGAAAGCUCCCUCUAGUCUGUCUAGCUUCAAUAAUGAAGAUGUGAAAAGUGGCCAAUUGAUGAUCUAGGAGAAUGAAUUGCAAUCUCCGGAGAUCUAGCGUACUACUACCGCGGGGUAUCAAGGUGGUAGGAGGGACGAUAAGCUUAACGGCGCGGCGAUCGUACGCCUUCCAAGCGGCGGCACCUCCCGUCCACCAGGUCUUCAACCGCCGCACGAAAUGGCUGCAGAAGGAGCGUGCCGCCGCCGACGUCGAACAUAGCCGCGUGGCCGACUAUCUGAAAGACGAAGUGGCCAUCCGGCUGUGUGAUAGACUGCUUGACAUCAAACGCAGCUACCCCGAAGUCCUCGACCUCGGCGCAAACUCCUGCAACAUCGCGCGGGCCCUGACGCGUCCGAACCCAGACCCCGACGUCCCUGAACCCGUCACCGACCCCCUCGCCACCAAGAUCGGCCACCUCCUCGCCGUCGACUCCUCCCAGACGCUGUUAUACCGGGACGCGGACCAGCCCUUCAACUCCGAGAUCAACAUGACGCGGCAGGUGCUGCCGGACGAGGAGACGCUGCCGUUCGCGCCGAACACGUUCGACCUCGUGCUCAGCUCGCUGAGCAUGCACUGGAUCAACGACCUGCCGGGGGUGCUGGCGCAGGUCAACAACGUGCUGAAGCCGGACUGCGCGUUCAUGGGCGCGAUGCUCGGCGGCGACACCCUGUUCGAGCUGCGCACGUCGCUGCAGCUCGCCGAGACCGAGCGCCGCGGCGGCAUCUCGCCGCGCGUCUCGCCGCUCGCCGACGUGCGCGACGUCGGCGGCCUGCUGCAGCGCGCCGGCUUCAAGAUGCUGACCGUCGACGUGGACGACGUCGUCGUCGACUACCCCGACACGUUCGCGCUGAUGCAGGACCUGCGCGCCAUGGGCGAGGGCAACGCGGUGCUCGGGCGCGAGAUGGGCGCCAUCCAGAGGGAUGUGCUGCUGGCGAACGACGCUAUAUACCGCGCGCUUCACGGCAACGAGGACGGCACGAUACCGGCUACGUUUAGGGUCAUCUAUAUGAUUGGUUGGAAGGAGUCCGAGGAUCAGGCUAAGCCGCUGCCGAGAGGGAGCGGGGAGAUUAAUUUAAAGGAUCUUCUGGAGAAGAAGUAGUUAUCCUCAUGCCUAGGUAUUGAAUGAAUUGGAGAAAUUAAAAAAUGAAAGGGGAGG